AUGAAGCCUCUGACCAAAGACUGGCGAGUCACAGCCUACGCCCUAAAUUACUCCUCCAAACUAGAAGUCAACAAGGAGGGUAACAAGGUCCGUCGCAAAGACCCAGUACCAGAGUCCCUCUUGGUUCAGGUGCCCAGCAGACUUCUGUUAAUGUGGAACAUCUCUGCUGAGCUGACCUCUAGUGGCAAUGGUGGUGAUGAAGACAUCCCUGCAUCCCAGAGGAGCACUAUGGAAACUGCCAUCACUCUCCUGGAGCCCUUUGGAAGCAUCUGCACAGUGAGGGUGUUCCGGCCGCGGAAGGAGCUCCCACCAGAAGUCCAGAGGUUCGCCUACAGGUACCCUGAGUUGUGCUCCCAGGAAAGUGUUCUGGUAGAGUAUGAGGACUUGGAAGGCGCCGGCAGAGCCUACCACCAGCUGUCCCAGUCCGAGGACUUUGUGAGAGUCGUCCAGAUCGGGAUGACAUCGAAAAAGAAAGCAGGGCAUAAGUUGGGAGGCUGCGUUGAAGACAGAGGUGCCGGUAAAGGUGUAUCAAUCGGCAACCGCUGCUUGGAGCAGCUCCAGUUCCGAGGGGAAGACUCUUCGGCGUGGAGUUCGUCCGGCGAAUCCGAGAUGGCCUCUCCGAUGCACAUGCCUCGGUUCUCCUCGGGCCAGGUAUGCAGGAGCCCCUGGGACAGCCCUCGCUCUAGCCCCUACCACAGCCCCAGGGUCCUCCGGGCACCUCUGCCCACCCCUCCGCGGGUCUCCCCGCUCCUGGCCUCCGAGAUGUGGAGGAGCCCCGACACCAGCCCGGAUCUCAGUCGACGCAACUACGAGAACCCGGCCGAUAGCAGCAGCCUCUGGUUUCAGAGGCGUAAACUGGCUGCGGUGCAAACCUCCUCCCUGGAUGACAGCAGCAACAGUAAGCAGGGUCGUCUGGGCAUUAAGAGGGUCCUAAUGGGGGAUUCCCUGCCCCCCGGGGUCAUCCGGUUCCCCUACGGGCCAGAUGGGACAAGAGGAUUUCCCAGCUCCUUUGUAGGAAGAACACUUCAGUACACCCUCAAGACAUGA